AACUAGCAGCAGCCAGUAGUAGCUAGUCCAGAGCUAGCUUUGAAGCUCAGCUACUAGCAGCUAGCUGAAGGUCUCUCAUCAGCAGCCGGCCGGCUGGUCAUCUAUCACCCAGCUCGAGCCAAUUAAGUUGUUUGGAAUAGAACACAAACAAUUAGUUAGUUCCUGCUCUCGAUCGAUCGAUCUUGAGAGAAUAUAAUAUGGCCGGCCGCAGGGACAGGGACCCGCUGAUUGUUGGCAGGGUUGUGGGCGACGUGCUGGACCCCUUUGUCCGGACCACCAACCUGAGGGUCAGCUUCGGCACCAGGACCGUGUCCAACGGCUGCGAGCUCAGGCCGUCCAUGGUCACGCACCAGCCCAGGGUCGAGGUCGGCGGCCUCGACAUGAGGACGUUCUACACACUCGUGAUGGUCGACCCGGAUGCUCCGAGCCCAAGCGACCCCAACCUUAGGGAGUAUUUGCAUUGGCUGGUCACUGAUAUUCCAGGGACUACCGGGGCAACGUUUGGUCAAGAGGUGAUGUGCUACGAGAACCCUAGGCCGACGAUGGGGAUCCACCGCUUCGUGUUCGUGCUGUUCCAGCAGCUGGGGCGGCAGACGGUGUACGCCCCCGGGUGGCGCCAGAACUUCUACACCAGGGACUUCGCCGAGCUCUACAACCUCGGCCCGCCCGUCGCCGCCGUCUACUUCAACUGCCAGCGCGAGGCCGGCUCCGGCGGAAGGAGGAUGUACCCUAAUUGAUUUAUCGAUGAACAAACACUCCCAUCCAGCAGCAGCAGCAGGCCACCAUAUCAUCAUCCGACCUACGACUCAACCACUCAACUGGUGAUCAAGAUAUAUAUAUAUA